CUAGCUCUCUCCGAGUAUCAGUAAUCAAAUCCUAAAACCCUCCCUACCUUUGGUUUCUCCAUUCUGAGAUUUUAACCUUGGAAGUUAUUCAAACAUGGGGAAAGCAAGCUCACGGCCAGAUCCUUCGUCUAAAGCCGAUAAAAAAUUCGAAAAGAAGCUCCAGUUUUAUUCCAAGGUUAGAGAUACCGUUGCCUCGUUGACGGCCUCGAAGGGCAUAACAAAGAAGAAGAAACUUCGAAGCCGACAGAGGAAAUUGAAAGCAUAUGAUCUCUCUGCCCUGUCAGAGUUUCUUCCUGAGUUGAAAGCUCCCAAAGAACCAACUCCUGCUGCUGAAUUCAAGCUCAAUUGCAAAUCUAGGAAAGAAUUAAUAUUGAGGGAGGGAAAACAAUUGAGUGCAGUUCUUAAGCAUCCUGCUUUCCAAGCUGAUCCACUGGCUGCCAUUCAUCAACAUUUACAGAGCACACAGCCUGUUUUAGAUGAGAAACCAAAGAAAAAGGCAAACAAAAAUGGAGGAAAGAAAAAAAAGAGUAAAAAAUCAAAGGCUUCAUCAGGGUCUCGAUCCAUGGAUUUCUAGAUAUGUUGGUGUUCCUUCAACAGCUUCUAAUAUGUUUGCAAUUGAAUUUCUCAAAUUUUGCCCAUGUAUUUUAACCUCAUUGAAAAUUGUUAGCCACUUCCCUUUUCCUGAGGUGUGAUGUAUUUCACUGAUCUCUUUUUUGACAAUGUGUUUACACCUUUGUGACACCCUUUGAUAGAAUACUAAAGGUAAAUAGGAGAAAUUUUGGUGAACUAUCUCAUUGCAGGAUGUCUAUAGCUUCGGUCUACUGCUCAUGGAUGAAACAGUAUUGAGAAGAACCCUUUUUAUUUUAUCUAGUAUUAUCAAUCAUGUUAUCAAUGGAUGCCUAAUAGAAAGAGGCCCAACUUGCACAUAUAUUUCCUUUGAAAUAUUGUUGUUUGAGUUGUUCAAGUUGGAGAUUUUGAGGCAGGAGGAAAUCUUUUUACCUUUGCUUCUUUUUUCA